AGUCUGGGAUUCCGUGACACGCCGCUCCGGGAUGUGAUUUUUCUCGCGAGGGGGAGCAAAGACCCUGCGCGGGUCGCGCCGUGAUGGGAGGGUCCCGGGCCGGGGGGCGCCCCCGCCCGGGAAGGGGCGAGAGCGUCCCCGCCCCCCACCCCGCGGCGGCGGCGGGAGCUGCCGGGGGCGGGGCCGGCGGGGAAGCGGCGCUGUCCGUGUGGGGCCCCGCCCCACCGAUGGCCGCCCCGCCGCGGUUCGGGCCGCUGCAGCUGGCGCUGGCGGCGGCGGGGGCGGCGGCGGCGGCGCUGGACGUGGCCGCCGAUGGGUGGGUGGCGGCGGGGUACGCGCGGGACGGGCAGCCCGGCUGGGCCGCGCUGGCCCUGGCCCUGCUGGCCGCCGCCUCGGUCGCCACCCAGGCCUGCAGCUGGCUCUGGCUCCGCGCCGACCCGCCCGCCCUGCGCCCCGCCGUGCCGCCGUGGCUGCUCGCCGCCCUCCACCUUCUCCAGCUCGGCUUCUUCUUCAGGUGCCUCUAUGCUCUGAAGGUGGGCUGGAAGGUGUGCUGGGCGAAGGCGGAGGAGGAGGAGGAGCAGAGCCGCAUGGCCUUCCUCUCCCAUGACAUCAGCAUGCUGCGCCUCUUCGAGACCUUCCUGGAGAACACCCCGCAGCUCAUCUUGCUCCUCUAUGUUAUCUUGCGGACAAACAAGGCAGAGCCCUCCCAGGGACUGGGGCUCUGCACCGCGUUCCUGUGCGUGACCUGGUCUCUACUGGACUACCACCAGUCCCUCCGCUCCUUCUUGCAGGACAAGUACAAGCUAAGCCUGGGCUCCUCCAUCAUCUACUUCCUGUGGAACCUCUUCCUCAUCUGCCCCCGCAUCCUCACGGUCACCCUCUUUGCCCUGCUCUGGCCCUACGGCAUGGCUGUCCACUUCCCGCUCGUGUGGCUGGCGAUGUUCCUCUGGGUCAGCCUGCAGGGCACAGACUUCAUGGAGUCACCUGGCGCCGAGCAGCUCUACCGGGCCAUAGUGGCCGUGAUCCUCUACUUCAGCUGGUUCAACGUGGCGCAGGGGAGGACGCUGUACCGCAGCAUCAUCUAUCACGGCUUCAUCCUGGUAGACAGCAUGAUGCUGGCCCUGUCCUGGCUUUGGUGCCGGUCCCCAUCUGACAACGACUCGUACCUCGUGCCAGUGGUCUCUGCUGCCCUGCCCUGCUAUCUGCUGGGGCUGGUGCUCAGAGUCACCUACUACAAGUGGCUUCACCCCAAUGUGUGGGCGCAGCAAGAAGGUGGCUAUGACGAGGUGGAUGCCAACAGGGGGAGCGAUGGGCUGGGGUUCUGCUCGCUCUCGGUGCCACACCUCGUAAACAGACGGAUGCAGUGGCUGGCCCAGACACAGUUUUCCAUCCCCCGGCUGGCGAGGCAGUGCUUCCUGAAUGGGGCUGCUGCUGUUGAGUCAGCUGUCUGAGGCCGGCUCCUCCAAAGUGACUUGCCAGGGAGAUAGAUUUGCUAGUCCUGCUCCCGGUUCUGCACCCCAAGGCUGUUGUUUCAGGCAGCUGGACGGACUUGGCCGAAACCAGGGGUGAUGUGCUAGCACCCGGCGAGGCACAUGGCACAGCUCCCAUGGCUGCGCCCUCAGGGGGAGCCAUGGUGUUCGUGGGUUGUCCAGCGUGUUGUGGCUGCACUGCCAUGGUCAUCUUCUUUUGUUAUUUAUUAUUAGCUUUUUUAAAAAAAAAAACCAACAACCAGGAAACAA